AUGUCGGGCCCUCCCUCCCGCCUGAAGGCGGUCCUCGGCCACCUCGGCCUAGUCAACGCACCGGUGCCCAAGGCGGAGGUGGAAGCCACGCAAGCCACUGCACGGCCGAAUCAUCUGCACGCACUGUCACCAACCUUCUUCCUUCCACGUGCAGCCGCCAUCGAGCCAGAGGCUGAGGCCGUCGUUCACGUGACCACCAACGGACGUACCUUGCGCCGAUCCUACGCCGAGCUGGCAGACCGCGCGCGCGGGUUGGCAUAUUACCUCGCUCAAAAGCGCUUCUCCCGCGUCGGCAUCCUGGCUCCCAACACCCCGGCCUUCCUCGAGACCAUCUUCGGCGUUAAUGCCUCGGGCGGCGUCAUCGUGCCGGUCAACUAUCGGCUGAAGCAGGAGGAUAUCGCCUACAUCUUUGGCUUUGCCAAGGUUGAUGUCAUAAUCGUCGAUGCCGAGUUCGUCGGCCUGUUGGACCUCUACCGGAAGGACCACGGCCAUGUGCCUUUGAUCAUCGACACGGUGGGUGCCCUAGCAUUUAUUUUUCUCUAUGCCGGCGGUCAUAAACCUGCGAUGUCGGCCACUUUGCUUACUCGUACAAACUGGGAAACGCAGGAUACGGACGCCACUGAGGGCGAGCUCAGAGGCCCCUUUGACGAGUGUAUUGCUCAGGGGCUGCAGCAUGAUCGCGAGACAGGAGGCAAGGGCUGGGAGGGCUUGUCUCCGCACCCCGAUGACGAGGAUGACCUUAUAGCCAUCCCCUUUACCUCGGGCACCACAUCAAAACCCAAGGGCGUCGAAUACACACAUCGCGGUUCAUACCUUGCUGCCCUUGCUAACAUUGUCGAGUCUGGGCUGAAUUAUCACACCGGGAGAUGCAAAUACCUGUGGACGCUUCCUAUGUUCCACGCCGUCGGCUGGACGUUUCCAUGGGCUGUGACAGCCGUCCGAGGCACGCACGUGUGCCUCCGCAAGAUCGACUACCCCUUGAUCUGGCGCCUGCUGUCCGAAGAGCAUGUGACGCACUUCAACGCCGCCCCGACCGUCUGCACGCUGCUCUGCGCCGCCGCCGAGGCCCGGCGGCUGCCUGACCCGCCGGUGCGAGUGACGGUGGCCGCGUCGCCGCCGACGGCGCACCUCUUCCAGCAGAUGACGGAGCUGAACCUCUCGCCCGUUCACGUCUACGGCAUGACAGAGACGUACGGACCCAUCACAAAAGGCUACCACAUGCCAGCGUGGGAGUCGCUGCCUGAGGCCGAAAAGUUCGCCCGCAUGGCCCGCCAGGGCCACGGCUUCCUCACCAGCCUGCCCAUCAGGAUCGUGCGGACCGAAGAGGCCGAGAAGGGCGUCCUGAUCGACGUGGCCAAGGAUGGUGCCGAGAUUGGAGAGAUCGUCUUUGCCGGCAACAUCUGCGCAAAGGGGUACUACAACGACCCCGAGGCCACGAAAAAGUUGUUUGCCGGUGGCGUGCUUCACUCUGGCGACCUGGCUGUGUGGCAUCCGGAUGGUAGCGCGCAGAUCCUGGACAGGCAGAAGGACAUUAUCAUCUCUGGAGGCGAGAACAUAUCCUCGGUCGCCCUGGAGAGCAUGUUGGUCCAGCACCCGGACGUCCUCGAGGCCGGCGUGGUGGCCGUCCCCGACUCACACUGGGGCGAGAGGCCCAAGGCGUACGUGACGGUCAGGAUGCGCAGGAAAUCAGGCAAUGAGCAGCCGUUGACGCCGCAGGGGCUCAUAGACUGGGCCAAGCACCAGAGCGCCAUAUCAAAGUUCAUGGUCCCCAGGGAGGUUGAGAUCGUCGACGAGCUGCCCAAGACGAGCACCGGCAAGAUUAAGAAGAACGAGCUGAGGGAGUGGGCCAAGCGUGGCAGAAGGAGCCAAGACUAA